AUGUCUUUUUCAGGAACUCAACAGAAAUGCAAGGCUUGCGAGAAGACUGUUUAUCCAGUGGAGCUUCUCUCUGCAGAUGGAGUUGGUUAUCACAAAUCUUGCUUCAAAUGCACUCACUGCAAAAGCAGGCUUCAGCUAAGUAGAUAUUCAUCAAUGGAAGGUGUGUUGUAUUGUAAGCCUCAUUUUGAGCAGCUCUUCAAGGAGUCUGGUAGUUUCAACAAGAACUUUCAGUCACCUGCAAAACCGGCUGAGAAAUCAUCUCCUGAGCUGACAAGGACGCCUAGUCGAGUUGCCGGCAUGUUCUCUGGUACUCAAGAGAAAUGUGCCACUUGCAGUAAAACUGUGUAUCCUAUCGAAAAGGUAACAGUUGAGAGCCAGACAUAUCACAAGUCCUGCUUCAAAUGCUCGCACGGAGGCUGCCCGAUUUCGCCUUCCAACUAUGCAGCUCUCGAAGGAAUUUUGUACUGCAAGCACCAUUUCGCUCAGCUUUUUAAGGAAAAGGGAAGUUACAACCACUUAAUCAAAUCCGCUUCCAUCAAACGCUCUGCAGCCGCUGCAGUCGCCGCUGGUGUACCCGCAGCCGCGGUUCCUGAAUCUUAA